AUGUUAUUUGAGAAGCUAGGUUUUGUAAUUUUACCUAAUAUAAAUGCAAGUUCAACACAGUUCAGAUGUAAAUUAAUAGAGGAAAAUGGUGGAACCAUAGUCCAUUCAAUGGAUGAUGUAAAUAAUAAUCAAAUUGUAGUAUUAAUAGUCGAUUCAUUUCUUAAUUCUCAGAAAGAUGGUAUCAACGACAUGGUUUUAUUUGUUAAAGAGUCAUCGUUUGAUUUAAAUGUAUUAUUUAAUAAAAUAGAUGAGUUUCAUUUAUUCUUCUUUAAGUGUAGCCAAGUUGGUAGAUGGUUAAGUAAACAUAUAGUACCGAUUAAUGAUAUCCAACAGAGGCUUCAUUUUACAAAAGAAAUGAUAGAAGUUUAUAAUGAGGAUGAGAGGUCCAACUUUAAUGAACAAGUAUAUUUGAAUCUAGACCGUAAACAAAAUCAAGAGAAUAAUGGUAAUUGUAAUAUAGAUGAACAGUUGUCUGUGGAUAAAUCGAUAACCAUCGGAAGCGUUCCAGGAAAUCAGGAUGAAGAAAAUGAUAAGAAGGAUGUUGAAAAAACACCAAGGAAAGAAACUCAAAAUAACAGUGAGAUUAUAAAAGCAUUAGAAUAUCUUGCAGAAAGACAUAAGAUAGAAGGUAACCAUUUUAAGAGUAGCAAUUAUUCGGUGGCUAAAAAGGUUAUUGAAAAAUGCAAUUUUAAAAUUGUUUCUGGUAAACAAGCAGAAAGGCAAUUGCCUCACAUUGGCCCCCGUAUUGGGAAUUUAAUCCAAAGAAUUGUUACUACAGGAAGUUUACCUGGAGAAGAGAUAGAGAUCUCUCAUCAACAAAUAUUGACUUAUUUCCAAAACUGUCAUGGGGUUGGUCCAUCUAUGGCUAAAAGAUGGGCUUUGUUAAGGAUGAAUAGCUUUAAAGAUGUCCUAAUAAAAUUAUCUCAGGAUUUUAUAACUGAAUGGCCUUUACUAUAUGGUUGGAAAUAUUAUGAAGAAUGGUCUAUGCAAAUAUUGAGACGAGAGACUGCAAUACAUUUCAAUAAGAUUAAGGAAUGUCUUUCCAAGAUUGAUGAAAGAUGUCAUGUGGAAAUUCAAGGUAGUUAUAAUCGUGGUAUGGAAAGUUCAGGAGAUAUUGAUUUAUUGUUCUAUAGAGAGGAUUGCGAUGACAUCAAAAUAAUAGUAUCUGUAUUACAAGAAUUGAUAAUACAACUACAUAGAGAAGGUUAUAUUAAAUGUAUUUUACAAUUAUCAACACAAUUAUAUGAUGAAUUUAAAAAUGAUUUUAACGAAAUUUUCAAAAAAGUAGAUUUGAAAUUACCAAAAAAAUGUCAUAUGGUUAGUCAUAAAUUUUCUCGAAUUUAUUAUUUGGGUGUAAUAUUACAAAGAUCAGAGUUUGAACUAACUAUAAGAGAAAGGGAAACAAUUUUACAAAAGUCAUCAUCUAGCAAAUUAAAGGAUGUUGAUUUAUUUAUGUCUGGGAGUGAUAGAACCGGCACAACUAAUUAUUGUAGAAGAUUGGACUUUUUUAGUUGUAGAUGGUCUGAAUUGGGGGCUGCAAGAUUACAAUGGACAGGAUCUGCGGAGUUUAAUAGAUGGAUUCGAUUAGAGGCGAUUAAAAAAGGUUACAAAUUAACACAACAUGGACUUUUCUAUCGUGGAAAAAUGAUAGAAAGUUUUGAUGAAGAAAGGAUUUUUAAAUUGUUAGAUAUUCCAUAUAUUGAUUAUGAAAAAAGAGAAAGGGGAUUAUGGGAAAGAAAAACAAAAAGAAAAGAUAUAUAA